AUGAGUCGACACCUGUCAACUUUGACGUGGCUGGCCAAAAUAAGCUUGAAGAAAUGUGAGACCACUCUUUUCCACAAAUUUGAACGAGCAGAACGACGUCAACAGACCACGCGUCACCGCGAGUUGAGAAGACCCGAUCUUCACGUGAUCGGCUGGCUGCUCUUUUCAAAUUUGGAGAAAUGUAUUCAAAAUCGAGACGAGGAUGCCAUCGCCGUCCCGACUCCACAACAUCCCGGUGUCGAAGACGAGCCCGAGACGAUUUCCUCAGCGUACCAUCACGCCGUAGAUGCUCGCCUGUUUUUCCCAUCAUGUUCGAGCGAUGCGUACGACGGAGGCUACGUGUUGGCGCGUGUCGUCGCGGGCGGUCGCGAACUGCAGCUACUCUGGUCGAGCCUGGAGGAUCAUCCUCCAGCGGCAGGGCCAUCGUCCAAAGCCCUUACAUCUAGGCAGCACGCAUUUACAGCCGCUCUGGAUCCCAAGCUACCAUCCGAGCCAGCAAGAGUCUUCCUCUUUCCCGCUCCGCUACUACCGGGCCUGGGCGUGUUUGCCGACCCAUCUUCCAACCGCCUUUACGUGAUCGCAGUCACAACAACCGGCUUCCUCUACCGACUCAUGUUCAGCGCUCCUCACCUCUUCCACGACUCGAGAUUGGCACCGAACUGGUCAUCGGAGUACCGCAUCCAGCACAUCGCAUCGUCCGAUUCCGUAUUGACCGCAUCACUCCGCGGCGCAGCAAAUGCCGCCCAGCUCUAUGUCAUCGAUUCCGGGCUUGCCCUCGUGACCUGUGAUGACGGCACUAUAGUCAAGCUCAAUCGCUCCGUCUCUGGAGCCAGAGACGUGAACGAUGGCGCUUGGAAGGAGACUGUACUGCGACCGACUUCCUUUCUUUCUGGCGUCUCUCGGUUCUUCGGCAGGUCCAACCCCGUCUCCGACUCCGAGUCUUCUCCCAGCUACGCACUCUCUCUCGAUGUCUAUCCUGGCGAGGUCGGCAACGCUAUGGCGUUUACAGCCAGUCGCGACCGCAAGCUUCGGGUCUGGAAUCUGUUGACCGAUUCGUGCAUCCGCACCCUUGACCUUCCACUGCACAUGGAUUCGGUAGCGUCCAACGACAAGCAGCUCGUGGUCGCAGAAGACGCAAGUAGCUCAACGAUGGAUGCGUCCGAUACUCAGGCCCUCUUCAGCACUAUCUCUCGCCCCUUUGUAAAGGUCUUCGCCCCCGGUUCCGACGAUAGGGACGGCCAUGCUCUCUAUGUCCUCGUCUACAUCCCUGCUUCGCCACCUUCCGGCAACUUCUUCGCCCUCUAUGGCGUCGAGCUUGAGGAUGCAAAGGGUGCUGCUGGUGGACUGGGCGAAGUGACGCUUCUGUGGCAGAAGCGCUGCGACGCAGAGACGCGCGGCCGCAACGUUGAGCUGCGCGACGUCGUCUUCACACCGCAAGGCCAGCGUGGAGAAGGCUGGAUCAUGUGGGCAUUGUGGGAUGCUGGAGCCGGUCCGGUACUCAAAUACGCAAAAGUUGGCGUCGAGGCUGCAAAUCCUGACGAAAGCACGAUGAGCGUUCGCACUGUAGCCGAAGACCUGUCGAAGGACGACUGGCGGACUGUCUCGUCGGAGCGAGCGUAUCGCCCCUUGCAUGGCGAGGAAUUCGAGGCGACGCUCGAAGCAACAAAGGAGGUCAUCGACGCAGCAGACAUUUUCCUCGACCGCGUCCUCGAGCCCGGCCGCUUCUCGGAGGCCACGUUGCGACUUGCCCUUUCAACGUACAAGGAGGUCGCAUCGUCGUCUGAUCAUCCACCUUCAGAACUGUUCGCGAAUCUACGAGACGAGGUCGCAUCCGUGGUCGCGAGCGGCUGUCAGCUCGAGAACGAUCCGAGGACCGGCGGGCCCAUGUACGAGAAGCUCUAUGCUUCGCGCGUACGCGAAUGGAUGCGCUUCGUUGGUCUUGCGGAGCAGAUCGAAACGGCCGCGCGCUGGCCGAUCGGCUUCUCGCUCCCAACAGCCAGCUUGGAUGGACCGCGAACGUCCAGCGAGUCCAUCGUGCCUCUGGUGAUCAGCAGAGACACUGUGGCGUUGCCGGUCAACGAGGACGAGGCGAGCAUCAUCGAGCGUUUGCAACGCAAUCUCUUUACCAACCCGAAUACCUCGCGCUCAGGCACUGCUCUCGCCACCGACUCGGCCAACGAGGAGCGUGCGCUUCUAAUUCACGCGGCAGACUCGCAUCCGACCAACAUCCUUCCCACUCUCGGUCGCACUUCAGCCACGGUAGCUGAAGUGUUGACCCUCGUCGAGUCCGCCUCGGACCUCGCUGCCUGCUUCACCGCUCCCGAACUGGAAGCGUUCGCGGCUGGCCUCCAGAACUUGCUAUCGGAGCCACUCACCAUCUCCGUCAAAGAAGCCAUCGCUGAUGUGUGGAGUAACAACUUCGCCUCGCUUGGCGGCGACGACGCGAGCGAGAUCGUUAGGCGCAUCGCAUCCGAUCUCGGCGCCAGCCUCGACAGCACCUUGACCGACAUGGCGGUGCUGCUUAGCGAGACUGCGGGCGACAUCGACGGCCUCGCUGCUGCAGCUUCUUCGAUCGCCUCGACCGACCUCGGUUCUGCUCUGACCGCCGACGCGCUCGUCCAGACUCUGGCUUCGCGCCAUCGCCUCGCAGUGUCCUUUAUGCUCCUGCUCACUGCCCUGGCCGCGCAAGAUCAGAUGGCUGAUCUCGUCGAGAACGAAAGCAGGCAGAUCGCUGCUGCCCUGAGCAUCUUCCAGUCUCUCAGUGCCGCUCUGCAACUGGCACGUACGGAUGCUGCCAUUCAGGUAGCCUUCGGCAGCAGCGACGCCGUUGAGACCGACUCGAUCGUGGCCAAGCUCAACCAGAUGUCGGUCGCCGGACGAAAGAGCCGCGAGCCGCAUCACUUCACGGCGCCGACGCUACUUCAUCAAUGCGUCCGCGACGGGCUGCUGAGCACGUCCAAGGCUCGCAAUGAUGAUGCCGCGCUGAGCCUGUCUGUCAAGACGGCAGUGCUCAAGAGCCUGUGGUCUCUCGGUCUCACGGAUCUGCGCGACACGCUGGCUGCUGGAGCCAAGCCGCUCCUGCCCAACCUCAACGAUCGACACACCUCCAUCGCGUUUGCCGUACUCGUGCAAGGCUACCCGUUGGCAGCGGAUGCGCUGCUCGCCAGUUUUCCGGAGACGCCGGCGGGCGAGUACGUGCGAGCGCGUGCUCUCGUACAGUUGCACAGGCUCGAUGAAGCCAGUGCAUCUUUCGACAAGGUAGUCAGCGCUCUCGAGCUGCCAAGCACCACCAGAAGUCGAGCUGCAAGCGGGCUCUUCGAGCUCCUUCCUUCUUCGGUAGUUCUGGCCGAGGGAGAGGAGCGCGUCGCUGCAUACUAUCGCCAUGUAGCACUGUUCUUCGAACCUUUGGAAGCGAUUGAGCACGUCAUCCGCUUCUGCCAGGCGAGCAUCGAUGCUGUCGGCACGUACGCCGACGAUCGACCCGCCAAGAUGAACUUGGGAGACUCUGGCGCAGAGACAUCCAGCAGCGCCGGUCCUAAGGAAAUCUGGUUCAAGAUCUUCCGCUGUCAACUAGCGCUCGACGAUUUCGAGGCUGCGUACGCCACGAUCAUGGCGGCGCCAUACGAAGGCGUGCGCAAGGAUUGUCUUCGAAACCUGGUCAGCGUCAUGUGCGAGGAAGGACACAUCCAGUCUCUGCUCCACUUCACCUUCCCCGGCCUGCAGAGCGAGGUGGAGAGGACGCUGUCGUUCAAGGCUCGCAACUCGGAUCCGCUGUCGGUGCCAAACUACUACUCGGUGCUCUACUCGUAUCACCUCUUCCGCGGCGAUCUCAAAUCGGCAGGUGCGGUCGUGUAUCAGCAUGCCGAGCGACUUAGCGAGCUGCACCGAUCCUUGUCGGCUAACAACGACGGUGUGGACCCGCUGGAGCGAUUCAUGGUCGUGGCCGUGGAGCAGGCGCAGAGCUAUCUGGCGUCGAUCAACGCGCUGACCAUGCUCAAGCACGAGAACGCGUGGUUCGCGCAUGCUGCUGAUCCGGAGAUCUCGCAAGCGGCGAACGGUCGAGAAUCUCUCUUCGAGCCAUCGACAUCCGUUCGAGCAGGCGCAGCGAAUGGAAAGCAAACCAGCAGCCUGACACGAUACAUUCCAGCCUCGGCCUACAGUCAGCGCGUUCGAGAGAUCCGCGUUGUCUCGGUCGACGAUGUUCGACGUGAAUACACGCUCGCGCUUGCACGUCUGGAGUUGGUCAAACGAUACCCUGACCUAGCGUACUCUACGACGGUGCUUCGACCAUCGGAUGCGGUGUUGUUGUUCGUCAACAGCGAUUCGUUCGAUUCGGCUUUCAACGUGGCGUGGAAUAUGACGGUGGAUAUGGCGCCGAUCUUCUCCGCUCUCACGGUGAAGGCUGUUGCGCUGUCGAGGGCCAAGUUGCAGCGUGAUGCUGGCAAGAGCAAGUCCAAUGACGAUGUCCAUCCGGAGAUCGCCGAACUCGAAGAAGCAGAUGAAGACCUGAUGGAACCGGAAGCAGUGUUCUUGACGCUAUCAGAGAAGUCGGCUAGUUGGCAAGGUUCUGCAGCUGAAAGAGCAUGGAGGUACAUUCGAUAUCAUCUCGAGAUGUACGAUUCGGAGGAGGAUGGGAAGUACUACCGCGUCGUCUUGUUGAAAAUCGCAUCGUUGGAUCACGAAGUCACACCGACUUGGUUGACGGAUUGGUUCACGCGGACGGACAACAGCGACGUAUUGCUUCGCAUCUACAUCGAACACCAACUCAUCCUCGAAGCCGCCUCGUUCGCCACCAAGUGGCUGCAAACAGCUGCGACGCAAGCUAGCAAGUUGACCAGGUCGAACGAGGAGUACCAUUCGAACCACAUCAUCGACACGCUUCUGCUCAAUCUCGAUGAAACCCAAGGAACGGUGCUACCUUCGAAGCAGAAAGAUGCGUCCAAGAUGAAGGCGGAGCUGCAGCAGGCGAGGAACAAGUACAUCGACGCACUCGCGGCUCGCUCAAAGACGUUGAAGAGGCAAGCGGAACAGGAUGCGUUCAGGCAGGAGAAGAGACGAGAACAACAAGAGAAGUGUGAAAAAACUGAGACAUCGUCUUUGAACCGAGAUUGGACGAAGAUCAGCUUCCGAGAGAUCCGAACCCGAAUACCAUUCAGCUACCGACAGGACACCGGUCGAGCUUCAGGCCAACCGAGAUCCAUUCGCGCGCGAAAGACUUCUGCGAAGUGA